CCGCCACCGCCGUGGAUCUCUAUGGUGACCAUAGAGCGGAGGAGCAGCGCGCGUGGCCCGUCGGGACGCGGGGGUGCCGGCAGCGCUCCGCCUCCGCCUGGUGCCGCCCGCCGUGCCGGUGACGCUCGUGGGGCUGCGACGCCAUUGGCCGGGCGUGACCCGGCAGCGCUCGGCAAAGGGGCGGGCGGGGCGGUGACACGGCGUCGCCGCGGACAGCGCCCGUCACUGCCGCCCACCGCGCCUGCCUGCGCGCACAGACCCUGCCCCGGCCGCCGUCAGCCCCGCGGGGGCGGCAGCGACCGCUGGGGACCGGGCGGGGCCCUCACGGCGAGAGCUGAGGUCGGGGGUGUGUUACAGUUACCGCCCACUCGAGGGGAUGCUGUGGCCUCGGGUGUUCCUGGCAGUUCGGGGUGCUGCCAUACGGGAAACCCGCGCCUCGGGGAGAAAGAAUCACAGAGUCAGUUAGAUUGAAAAAGAC